AUGUGGCUAUCGGCCACUCAGCGCUGCACAGGAUAUCCACGUCGAUGCUUAGCACUAGAUCAUCAUCAUAAUCAUCAUGACAUUCUACCAGGCAGCGCCGGGCGCCCGUCGGUUCGCUUUGCCAAUCGGAAGCCCUUUCAUCCGGCUUUCCAACGGGCCACAUCGCCGAUCUUCGCAACCACUGCCGCUGCUGUGGACGGUAUCGCUAAGGAAAAGGACGAGGAGGGUCUUGCGGUAGUGGCGGUGGAUCCGCAGCUCGCCAAUUAUGCGGACCACUUUCGAUACAGAUGGGCCCAAUACCGGAACACCCUGGAGCGCAUAGAAGCGGCCGAAGGUUCCCUGGAGCAGUUUGCUCGGGGGUAUGAGUACUUUGGCUUCCACAGGGAACAGCCCCAGGAGGGUGGGGGGGCGGGGGCGGGGGCGGGGGGUGCAUUGAUGUACAGGGAGUGGGCCCCGGCGGCCCAGGCGGCGGCGCUGGUGGGGGACUUCAGCUCCUGGCAGCCCGUGUGGAUGACCCGGGACCAGUGGGGUGUGUGGAGUGUACGAUUGCCGGACGUCGAUGGGCGCCCCGCCAUCCCCCACGGCUCCCGAGUCAAGGUGCGGCUGCAGCACCCGGGGGGUGGGUGGGUGGACCGCAUACCCGCCUGGAUUCGCUGGGCGGUGGCGGAGAAGCGAAUGGGCGCUGGGUACGAUGGAAUGUAUUGGUCUCCCCCUGCCGGUGAGCGUUACGAGUUCCGCCACCCCCGGCCCCCCCGGCCCCCCGCACUGCGAAUUUAUGAGGCCCACGUGGGCAUGAGCAGCGAGGAGCCCAAAGUGGCGUCAUACACCGAGUUUAAGGACACGGUCCUGCCCCGAAUCCAGGCUCUGGGCUAUAACGCGAUCCAGCUGAUGGCCGUACAAGAGCACGCGUACUACGGGUCAUUUGGAUAUCAUGUGACAAACCCCUUCGCGGUCAGCAGCCGCAGCGGCACCCCCGAGGAACUCAAGGCCCUGAUAGACGAGGCUCACCGGCGCGGCCUCCUGGUACUGCUCGACGUGGUCCACUCCCACAUCUCCAAGAACCAGGAGGACGGCCUCGCCGGGUUCGACCUGGGGCAGAAGGAGGAGGACAACUACUUCAAACAGGGGGAGGCUGGCUACCACAAGCUAUGGGAUAGCCGCUGCCUAAACUACGCCAACUUUGAGACCCUCCGUUACCUGCUCUCCAACCUGAGCUGGUGGAUUGAGGAGUACCACUUCGACGGGUUCAGGUUCGAUGGGGUGACCUCCAUGCUGUAUCACCACCACGGCAUCUACACCUCCUUCUCCGGGUCCUAUCACGACUACCUGGGCCCCGGCACCAAUGUGGAGGCGGUGGUGUACCUGAUGCUGGCCAACCAGCUGGUGCACCAGCUUCUGCCGCAGGCAGUCACCGUCGCGGAGGACGUGUCGGGUAUGCCAGCCCUGUGCCGCCCCGUGGCUGAGGGAGGUGUGGGCUUCGACGCGCGACUGAACAUGUCCAUUCCCGACAAAUGGAUACAGCUGCUCAAACACACACGGGACGAGGACUGGCGCAUGCACGACAUAGUCACGGCUCUGUGUAACAGGCGUUACACCGAGAGCAGCAUCGGAUACGCGGAGAGCCAUGACCAAGCGCUGGUGGGCGACCAGACGGUGGCAUUCCGGUUGAUGGGUGCGGAGAUGUACGGCGGUAUGAGCGCCCUCACGGAGCCGAGUGAGGUGGUGGCCAGGGGGGUGGCGCUGCACAAGAUGAUACGGCUCGUCACACUGGCGCUGGGGGGCGAGGGCUGGCUCAACUUCAUGGGCAAUGAGUUCGGUCACCCCGAGUGGAUCGACUUCCCCCGCGACGGCAACGGCUGGAGCCACCACUACUGCCGCCGGCAGUGGUCGCUGGCGGACACGUCCCACCUGCGGUACAAGUUCUUGCAGGCCUGGGAUGCCGCCAUGAUGCGACUGGACGAGCAUUACGGCAUCCUGUCAUCCCGCCACCAAUGGGUGACGCACAUGGACGAGCGGCAACAGGCAAGGCGGGUCCUGGUGUUCGAGAGGGGCCCCCUGGUGUUCGUGUUCAACUGGAGCCCCUUCUCCAGCUUUGAGGGCUACCGAGUGGCAGUGCCGUGCCCGGGGAAGUGGCGGGUGGCACUGGACUCGGAUGCGUGGGACUUCGGAGGAGAGGGCAGGGUGGGUCAUGAUAUGGACCACUUUUCAGAUCCGGAGCCCGCGGGAACCAGCCGGGACCGCCAGCACUCCAUUCGGGUCCUGGCACCCUCCCGUACUGCCGUGGUGUACUACAACGCCGACACGCACACUCACUGGCAGCAGCCGCAGCAGCAGGAGGAUAGACAGGAGGAGGGCGAAGAAGGGCAGGGUGGUAACAGCGGCCAGCGGUUGCUACUCGGUCUGACCCCUCCGGCCACUCAGACCGCAGGGGGCCUCAGUCUGGGCAGUGGUGACGAGCAAUCAGGGCUCCUGUGACAUCCCCCGCCUUAGGUUCACUACCGCGUACUGUGUUUCCCCUUCUCCCUCCCGGUCCUCCCACCGCUCUAUGGGCGGUUCAGCAUCGCUCGUAGUGGGGGGAACAGUCGCCGGGCGUGGUGGUGGCAGUGGCAAUGGUUCUGUUGGUUAGAUAUUGAUGCCUGCGGAAGGGGCGUGGAUAGAUGCUGAAGCUGGUCUGUCUGAUGUUAUUAGCCUUUUAGAAAGUGGGGUUGUGGGGUGGAGUAGGGUAGGGAACUCGCGUACCGUAGAUUUGCCUAUCGUGCCGGUGGCCGCAAAAAGCUGGCGUGCAGAUAAGUGCUCUGGAGAACACUUUGGGGCGCAUAGGUUGUCACCAGUCUUACCCUCGGAACAGUAUGCCGCGCGUGAGGGGCCUUGAUGCAUCAUCUCGGCAAGGUGCACACAGUAGUAAAACCGUUACCGUUGGCAAGGACAGCCACGGCUGGCGAAACCGUCCAGAAGAAACGGGAUUAGGCUAUUGUGCAGCUAGCCCGCAUUAGCAGUGUAAACCGGAUUCCAGG